AUGCGUAAAGGAUAUUUAUAUCCGCUUCGACGUGUAACUGAUGAUGUUAAUGAUGAAAAUAAUGCAUCGAAGUCAGGAGUUCAUUUUUCUGCAUAUUCAGCAUCAUUAUCACAUUACGAAACUUAUCAAUGGCUACCACUGAAAGCUUGCUUAACGUAUAGGCUGACACUUGCAGGAAUACGUCAA